CAUACCGCACAAUUCCCCGUCACGAAGCUCGGCCGUCUGGUGAAGGACGGCCAAAUUCGCUCAUUGGAGCAAAUCUAUCUUCACUCUCUCCCAAUCAAGGAGUACCAAAUCAUUGAUACUCUGGUCGGCCCUUCGUUGAAGGAUGAGGUUAUGAAGAUCAUGCCGGUCCAGAAACAGACCCGAGCUGGUCAGAGGACCCGGUUCAAGGCCUUUGUGGUGGUCGGAGACGGAAACGGCCAUGUGGGAUUGGGUGUCAAGUGUGCUAAGGAAGUGGCGACUGCGAUUCGUGGGGCUAUUAUUUUGGCUAAGUUGUCUUUGAUUCCGGUGAGGAGAGGAUAUUGGGGGAAUAAGAUCGGGAAGCCCCAUACUGUGCCGUGUAAGGUUACCGGGAAAUGUGGGUCUGUUACUGUGAGAAUGGUUCCGGCGCCAAGGGGAGCUGGAAUUGUAGCUGCUAGGGUUCCUAAGAAGGUUCUUCAAUUCGCUGGUAUUGAGGAUGUUUUUACCUCUUCCCGUGGAUCUACCAAAACCCUCGGCAACUUCGUCAAGGCUACUUUUGAAUGUCUGUUGAAGACUUAUGGGUUCCUAACCCCCGACUUCUGGAGAGAAACUCGCUUCACAUAGUCUCCAUACCAAGAGUUCACCGAUUUGCUGUCAGCUAAGCCCACUGCGAAAAUUGCCUAUAUAGAGGACUCUGCUCCUGAGAGGGUUGAGGCCCAAGUUUUGCUAGGUGUUUAUGAAAUACUAGAUAAACUGUUUGAAGUUUGGUCUUUCUUUUGAGUACUGCCAAGGUGUUCUGUUUCUUGAUAUACUUGAUGGUUUUAUUUGUAGCACAUCAUUGAAUUUGGUGUCAAAAAA